GAUCCACUGCGUAAACAAGCUGAACUUCCUUUUCCGGUCUGAGAAGAACCAAACAUGGUUCGUUACGCAGCGGAUCCCGAGAAUGCAUCAAAAUCUGCAAAGGCAAGAGGAUCGUACUUGCGUGUCCAUUUCAAGAAUACUCGUGAGACAGCGCAGGCUGUCAAACGUAUGCAUCUGAAGCGUGCUACUCGCUAUUUGAAAAAUGUCAUUGCCAAGAAAGAGAUUGUGCCCUUCCGCCGCUUCAAUGGAUGUGCUGGACGUAAGGCACAGGCCAAGCAGUUCAAGUGCACACAGGGACGAUGGCCCAAAAAGAGUGCAGAAUUUCUUCUACAGCUUCUCAAAAAUGCUGAAAGCAACGCUGAGUUUAAGGGUCUGGACACAGAUCACCUUGUUAUUGAGCACAUCCAGGUCAAUGCAGCCCCAAAGAUGAGGCGGCGCACCUACAGGGCCCAUGGUCGAAUCAAUCCUUACUUGAGCAGCCCAUGCCACAUUGAAGUCAUUCUUACAGAGAAGGAACAAGCUGUCAUCCGCCCAACGAGUGGAGGUGAUGAUGAGCCAGUUAAGAAAAAGGUUUCUCAAAAGAAGUUGAAAAGACAAAAGAUGAUGCAGCGGGACUAAAUGGGAAAACUAAACCUUGUCAUCCUGUAAUAAAGGUGUUUAAAGGAACAAA